CAUAAUCUCUUUAAUUAGCAUAUCAUAGCAUAGAUAGCAUGGAUCCUCCGUUUUUCACUCCUGAUUAUACGACUAAUUAUUACUACUAUCCACCAAUGGGAUUUCUACAACUACCUUCAUCGUUUUUCACUUAUACUACUACUACUACUAAUUAUGGUUACUAUCCUCCACUGGGAUGUCUACAACCAUCUUCUUCACUUGUUCCUCCACCGUUUCUUCCUUCGUCGUCUCCUUCUUCACUUGUUCAUCCACCUCCACCACCGUUUGUUCCAUCGGAGUCACCACUGCUAUCACUACUACGAGAAACACAAGAAUUGAGAGACAACAUUCGUAACCAAAUCGAAUACUACUUCAGUGAUGAUAAUCUUGCUAAAGAUGUUUAUCUCAAACAAUAUAUGGAUGACGACGGUUGGGUUCCCAUUAUUUUGAUUGCCAGUUUUCCACGAGUUGCUGAGCUAACACAAGAUACUGGACUUAUUCUGUUCACGUUGAUUUCAUCUUCACAAACGGUCCAAGUUGAGGGAACGAAAGUGAGGCGACGCAUUACUUGGAACAAAUGGUUACUUGACGCCACCAUGCGAAUUCAGCAGCGAUGGGCUGACGAUCUAUGAAGAAAGCUGCUAGGGACGGCCUCUCGUCGCCCCAUCCAUCACCUCACAAGCCCAAGCAAUACUUAGAGAGAUGAAGAUCUAUUUGAGAUAUAUUAUGUACAGGAUGUAAUCGACUUAGGAUCUCGUAUCUUUCUUUCUUUUAUUUUUUUAAUCUUGUAAUUGAGUCAUAGAGCCAAUUAUAAACUCCGCACCGAAUUUUCUUUGUCGGUUCUUUCCCUGUCCAGAUUAUGAGAGUUGAACCGCAUAGGAGUAUAGAUAGAGAAAU